AUGAGCCAAGGAAAACCGCCAUAUCCCCCCUUCACAGCCGACUCUGCAAAAGUCAAAGUCAAAGCCGCCCAAGACACAUGGAACACCAAAAACCCCCAAGUCGUCAAGAUGGCAUACACCGAAGACUCCAUCUGGCGCAACCGGGACCACUUCCUCGUCGGCCGCGACGAAAUCCAGUCCUUCCUCACCAAGAAGUGGGAGCGGGAGCAGGGGUACCGUCUGCGCAAGGAACUCUUCGCAUUUACGGACAAUAAAAUCGCCGUACAGUUUUGGUAUGAGUGGCAUGAUGCGGCGGGACAGUGGUGGCGCACGUAUGGGCUGGAGGAUUGGACUUUUGCGGAUGAUGGGUUGAUGAGGAAGAGGCAGAUGAGUGGGAAUGAUGUCAGGAUUGGGGAGGAGGAGCGGUGGUUUAAGGAGGGGGUUGAUGUGAAUGACGUGGAUAUUUCUGAGAAACAUUGGUGA